AUGUACAGUCAACCUCGUACAUAUGUGCGGUCGGCCGCUGGAAACACCAGCGAGUUCAGUGUGGCUGUAGGCUUGCAUCAGGGAUCGGCUUUAAGCCCGUACCUCUUUUUGUUGAUAAUGGAUGCCUUGACGUCGGAGAUACAAGAAGAGGCACCCUGGUGCAUGCUAUUUGCAGAUGACAUUGUGCUCGUUGGUGAGGAGGGGGCUGGGAUACAGAGUAGAUUGGCGAUGUGGCAGCAAAAGCUGGAAAGCGGGGGCUUAAAAAUUUGUGUUUCCAAAACGGAAUACAUGUUUUGUGAUUUUGGCGGUCUUUCCGGCUCUGCAGCCAUAUCACUAAAUGGUGCUCCAUUACCGAUUUGCUCCGAUUUCCGGUAUCUAGGUUCUCUCCUCCAAAGCAAUGGUGAAUUAGACAGGGCCAUAAAGCAUAGAAUUAACGCAGGAUGGAUGAAGUGGCGGCAG